AUGCUCACUGCACCGCCGGACACUGCAUGUUUGUCACCUUAUGCUCACUGCACCGCCGAGAAGUGGAGGGACCUGGACGUGUGUCAGGAGUUCAGCAUCAGUGAGAUUCUGCAGGCAACCGACAACUGGUCCAGCGACAACGUGCUGGGCAAGGGCGGCUUCGCCACGGUGUACAAGGGAGUGUCGCGCAGGGGAGAGCUGCUGGCGGUGAAGCGAGUUGAGCUCAUGUCCAACGAGUUUGAGAACGAGGUGAGAAGAUGGGCAGGGCACUUCACCGAGUGGGCGAGCAGCAAGGUGCAGGCGUAUGAGUUCGCCUCCCUCAAGGACCCCAAGCUGGAUGCACCGGAGGAGGCAGUGGUGGAGCUGGCAGACAUCGCUCUCGACUGCGUCAAAGUGCCCGGCUGCCGCCGCCCCGACAUGAAAGACGUCGCACGCCGCCUGCACGCCAUCCUUACCAAGUACUGUGCAGACGGCCCUUCCAGUAGCAGCGCCGACCCUGCGGUUCACGUGGAGGAGGAGAGACCCAGCUUUGGUGGUGGCAUCAGCAUGGAGACGUUUGAGAGAAGCGAGCUAUCGGAGGGACCCAGUGAGUGGCCUACUUCCAGGAUCCUCAGCUCGUCUUUGUCAAGCAAGUGGUGGUCAUUCCAGCAAGUGGGACUAUGA